GCAUAGGCUGCAAGGCGGCAAACACCCGCCUGGAAGAGCAGCAAACUAUUUUUUUUCUUUUUUUAAAAAAAGUCAUUCGUCUACUUUAUCUUGUACGUCUUUUGGGCGCAAAAUGUCUGGUGGCGCACUAACAACGUUACUGGUGGCAGUGUGCGUGUGCAGCACAGUGCACAGCUUGCCAAAGAGUAAAAGGCAGAGUGGACAGUAUCAGGUGUAUCCUGAGCUCUACGAACCAGAGCCUGUCUCUCCAGCUGGCUGCGAGGAAAACGGUCGCUCAUUCAGAGUGAACGAACAGUGGGAGAAACCUUACCGUGGCAGUAUGCUGCUGUGCACCUGCAAUGGAGCAGAAGGCAUCAAAUGUAAAACUAAGCCUGAAGUGGAGGAGUCUUGUUAUGAUAAGCACAAUGACCGGACAUACCGGGUCGGUGAAACUUACGAGAGGCCAAAGGACGGAAUGAUGUGGGACUGUACAUGCAUUGGUUCUGGUCGGGGCAAGAUCAGCUGUACCAUUGCAAAUCGUUGCCAUGAAGGUGGAAGGUCUUACAAAAUCGGGGACACUUGGCAGAGGCCUCAUGAAACCGCUGACUACAUGCUGGAGUGUGUAUGCCUUGGAAAUGGCAAAGGAGAGUGGACCUGCAAGCCUGUUGCUGAGCGCUGCUACGACAACAACGCGGCAUCAUCAUAUGUGGUGGGAGAGACCUGGGAGAAACCCUACCAAGGCUGGAUGAUGCUAGACUGUACUUGUCUGGGGGAGGGAAAUGGGCGUAUCACAUGCACCUCAAGGAACCGUUGCAAUGACCAGGAAACCAGAAGGUCCUACCGCAUCGGUGACACGUGGUCCAAGACUGACACAAAUGGGAACACCCUGCAGUGCUUAUGUUUGGGAAACGGUCGCGGAGAAUGGAAGUGUGACCGCCACAGCUCAGGCCAGGGCACAGGUUCUGUCGUGGUGACCCAACUCCAACCCCAACCGCAGCCCGAGCCUCCUAUUGAAGGAACCUGCCGCACUGACUCUGGAGCCACCUACUACGAUGGACAGCGCUGGAUAAGAAACCAGGGCAACAAGCAGAUGCUCUGUACUUGUCUGGGCAAUGGUGUCAGCUGCCAGGAGUGGGAGGCCAGGAACCAGGUGUACAGUGGCAACUCCAACGGCCAGCCAUGUGUUUUUCCAUUUGUCUUCAUGGGGAAGACCUACUACUCCUGUACCUCAGAUGGACGCAGAGAUGGGCAGCUAUGGUGCUCCACCACCUCAGACUACGAACGAGACCAGCAGUACUCUUUCUGUACUGAGAAGAAUGCCAUCGUGGCCACACGAGGAGGUAACUCCUAUGGCGCCCUUUGCCACUUCCCCUACCUCUACAGUGGCCGCAACUACACUGACUGCACAUCUGAUGGGCGUCGUGAUAGCAUGAGGUGGUGUGGAACCACAUACAACUAUGAUGCAGAUCAGCGCUUUGGAUUCUGCCCCAUGGCUGCCCACGAGGAGGUGUGCACCACGAACGAUGGAGUCAUGCAUCGCGUCGGAGACAAAUGGGACAAACGCCAUGAUGUCAUGGGUCACAUGAUGGAAUGCACAUGCCUCGGGAAUGGCCGUGGGGAGUGGAGCUGUAUCGCUCACUCACAGCUGCGAGAUCAGUGUAUUGUGGAUGGCUUGACCUAUGAGGUCAACCAGCAAUUCUCCAAGCGCCACGAUGAAGGCUACAUGAUGAAUUGUACCUGCUAUGGGCAGGGACGUGGACGCUGGAAGUGUGAUGCUAUCGAUCAGUGUCAGGAGCCACAGACAAGAGCAUUCUAUCAGAUUGGAGAUACAUGGGACAAAGUCAUUCGUGGCAUUCACUACCGCUGUUAUUGCUACGGCAACGGGAUUGGAGAAAUGAGAUGUGAACCCCAGCAGGCCCACCAAGGCGGCCACAGGCCAGUCCAAGUCAUCAUCACAGAGGCAGGCAAACAGCCAGACUCCCACCCCAUCCAGUGGGACCCUCCCUCUUCUGUUCACAUCACACAGUACAUCCUCAAAUGGAAAAUUAAAAAUUCUCGCGGCCCCUGGAGGGAGGUUGUCAUUCCCGGACACCUUAACUCCUACACCAUCAGUGGUCUGCGUCCAGGUGUUACCUAUGAAGGUCAGCUGAUUAGCAUGUUGCGCUACGGGCAACGUGAGGUUACGCUUUUCGAAUUCACCACCACCCUUGGCUCAUUGGAAACAUCAGAGGGAGAGACAACCCAGCCUCCUCCUCUGGUCGACACCUCAGAGUCGGUGACAGAAAUCACGUCAAACAGCUUCGUUGUGUCCUGGACGUCAGCCUCAUCCACCAUCUCUGGCUUCAGGGUGGAGUAUGAGCUCAGUGAGGAGGGUGCACAGCGUAAAAUCUUGGAUGUUCCUCGAACAUCCACUUCUGUUACCAUUGGCGACCUUCUGCCAGGACGCAGAUACAACAUUAAUGUCUAUGAGCUUCCAGAUGACGGAGAGGCGACUCUCAUCCUGUCAACAUCCCAGACUACAGCCCCUGACACUCCGGCUCAGCAUGCUAUUGAUGAUGUGGGCGAGACCUCAAUCCGAAUCAGAUGGUCCAGACCUGAAGCUCCUAUUACUGGUUACCGUGUGGUGUACACUCCAUCAGUGGAGGGCAGCAGCACUGAGCUAACCCUGCCAGAUUCUGAGACCUCAGUGACCUUGGUUGACCUUCAUCCUGGUGUUCUGUACAACAUCAGUAUCUUCGCUGUGGAGGAGAACCAGGAGAGCGAACCUGUUUUUGUCCAGGUCAACACAGCUGGAUCUCCUCAGCCAGAGGAGGUCCCAUCACCCACAGACCUGCAGUUCUAUGAGGUGACAGAUGUGAAGAUCACCAUCACCUGGAAUGGUCCACCCAGCGAGGUGACCGGCUACCGGGUGACCUUCUCCCCCUUGGCUCCUGAUGGCACAGAGAUCAGACCCCUCCAGCUGCCAAUCUCUUCCAACGCCUACGCUGACAUCACCCAUUUGCAACCUGGCACGUUGUACCGCUUCUACGUUUACGCCAUUAACGGCGGUGUGGAGAGCGAGCCGCUCAUGGGAGAGAUGUCCACCAAACCGGAUGCUCCCACCAAUGUGCAUUUCACUGACAUUGGCCCAGACAGCGCUCUGGUCAUUUGGGAAGCUCCCCAUGCUGUGGUGUCUGGAUAUCGUCUCUUCUUGAGCAUUGAGGGCUCCAACCCCAUUGAGAAGAGAAUCCCAGGAGGGGUCACCCAGUACCCUCUGAGGAAUUUGCGUCCUGAAACUGAUUAUACUGCUACCCUGCACUCUGAGCUGGACAACGUGCUUAGUGAGGCCGUCACCACAUAUUUCACCACAGCACCCCACAUGGGUAAUGCACCUGCUUUCAGCACAGAGGUCACUGAUACCGCCAUCAUCAUUACCUGGAUACCUGCCCGCAGGUUUAGCUACAAGCUGUCUGUGCUCCCCAGCCAGGCAGGCGAGUCUCCCAGACACAGGACCUCAGACUCUGGACGCCUUUAUAUAACAGGUCUGAUUCCUGGAACACAGUACACCUACAGUGUUCAGCCUAUUUUCAACGGACGGCCCCGCGGAAACCCCAUCACCCGCAAUGCAGUCACUGCUUUGUCCCCUCCAACUGACCUGAGAGUUCAGUCCAACUCUGACACAGGAGAUCUCACUGUCCACUGGACAGCCUCCAAAACACCAGACAUCACAAGCUACAGAGUUUCAAGCACGCCCACCAGCGGGCAGAAAGGAAACAGCUUUGAGGAGUUAGUGCAGCCCGAUCAAACCUCAUGCAUGCUGGAGAACCUGAAUCUGGGGGUGGAGUACAACAUCAGCGUGUUGGCAGUCAAGGGGAAUUUGGAAAGUGUGCCUGUGUCCACUACUAUCACCCCCGACAUACGCCCACCAAGACAUAUUCACUUUGUCGACAUUACUGACACCACCAUUGGCCUGCGCUGGAUCCCUCUGAACUAUUCCACUCUAACGGGUUACCGGAUAACGGUAGCCACGUCAGGCGAGAGCUUGCCAAUUUUUCAAGACAUGGUGGACACAUCUGCUGGUUAUUACACCAUUCGUGGUUUGGAGCCCGGCGUGGACUAUGACAUCAGUAUCACCACAGUUACAGAGGAAGGGGAAAGCGAGCCAACCACACACACAAAGCAAACUCAAGCGGUGAUUCCAGCCCCCACCAACUUGCAAUUUGGAGGGGUGGGUCCUGACCAUAUCAGGGUCACAUGGACAGUCCCUCAUGUUGCUACCCCAAGCGACAUAUCUCGCUUUGUCAUUCGCUACCACCCUACGGCCAGAGACCAUGAUGUCAAAGAGGUCAAUGUGGGCGGAGCUUCUAACACCUUCUUGCUGCAGAACCUGCAUCCUGACACUGAAUACCGCAUCAGUGUGGUAUACAUGUAUGGGGAGCGAGAGAGCAACCCAGCCACAGGAACUCAGAGGACAACUCUUGAUUCCCCAACUGGUUUGGACUUCUCUGACAUUCAAACCAACUCCUUCACUAUUCACUGGCGGGCUCCUACCGCCUCUAUCACGGGUUACCGCAUCCGCCAUCAGAGGACAAGUGGUGGACGGGCCAAGGAUGAGAGACUCCCUCCCAGCAGGACCCGUUACACUUUGACCGGACUGGCUCCAGAGACAGAGUACAUCAUCGCUGUGUACGCCGUCAAAAACAACCAGGAGAGUCAACCUGUGACUGGCACACAGGCCACCAUUUCAGAUGCUCCCACUGACCUGGAGGUGAUGUCCUCAACACCCACGAGCAUUACCAUUCGCUGGGACGCUCCUUCAGUUGCAGUCAAGCAAUACAAGAUCACAUAUGGAGGGACAGGUGGUGAUGCUCCUCAAGAGUUCACCAUCCCAGGUACUCAGACCACUGCCACCAUCACUGGUCUGAGUCCGAGUACUGACUACACUAUCACAGUCUAUGCUGUUACUGGGCGAGGAGAUAGCCCCUCCUCCAACACCCCCGUCUAUAUCACACACAAGACUGAUAUUGAGGCUCCUGCUAACAUGGACGUGACUGAUGUGAGCGACAAUGCCAUCACAGUGCGCUGGUCGCCUGCUCGGGGACCCAUCACAGGCUACAGGAUAACUGGUGUCCCUAAAAAUGGCCAGGGACCAUCGUAUUCCAAGGAUGUACCUCCUGCUCAAACUGAGAUCACCCUCACAGGCCUGAUGCCCACUGUUGAGUAUGUUGUGAGCGUCGCAGCCCUGGGUACUGAUGGCCAGCCUUCCUCUGCAGUGGUAGAGAAUGCUAUCACAGCAAUGGAUCGUCCAAAAGACUUGACCUUCUCUGAUAUUGACUACAACUCCAUGCGCAUUGCCUGGGACAGUCCAGAGGGUGCCGUGACAUCAUACCGCGUUCUGUACUCCAGCCCUGAAGACCGCGAGAGAGAGCUGCGUCCAGCGCCCAGAGGUGACCAAGACAAUGUGGCGAUAAAAGGCCUUCGUCCAGGCACGGAGUACACUGUCAAAGUCAUCGCCCUUCACGGUCGCACACCCAGCACACCACUGGUGGGAACACAGGCCACAGUCAUCCCCUCGCCGACCAACCUCGUCAUCUCAGAAGUGGGGCCGUCUUCUUUCACCGUGUCAUGGCAAGCCCCCAACGCACGACUGACAGGAUACCGUGUGGUUGUCAACCCCGAGAACAUCAACGGCCCCACUAAGGAGAUGAAUGUUGCUCCUGACACCACACGUGUGGUUGUACCUGGGCUCAUGGUGGCAACCGCAUACCAGAUACGUGUCUAUGCGCUGAAGAACUCUGUCACCAGCAGACCACUGGAGGGACAUGCAACCACACUAGAAGAAAUAAGCCCACCUCGUCGUGUGCGUAUUGUUGAGGUGAAGGACGACUCUUUCACACUCACUUGGCGCUCCAAGGGAGAAACCAUCACUGGUUUCCUCAUUGAAGCCACACCAGCCGCUAGCUCACGUCCCACAAUCACCAAGACCAUCCCAGCAGAUGUGUACACUUAUACAGUCACAGGACUACAACCAGGCACCACAUACUCUGUUAACCUGUACACUCUGAAUGGCAACACAAGGAGUGCACCUAUUCCUCUUACUGUUCAAACAGCUAAACCAGUGGUCCAAGCUCCCACCAACCUCCAGGUGACAUCUUUGACCCCCACCUACAUCUCGUUCAGUUGGCAACCUCCAGCCACGGCCAUCACAGGCUACUACGUCACCUACGCAGAGCCCAGAGUAGCCCCAAGGGAGCUGAAGCCACAGCCCCACGCAGGCCAGAACUACGCCACCAUAUCUGGCCUGAAACCAGCCACAGAAUAUAUCAUCAAGAUUGUUGCCAUCCAGAACACACAGAGAAGCACUCCACUGGUGGGGAGAAUCAGGACUCAUCCAGACUCAUUCCUCCCGGUACCGCUCCCCCACCGUCCUGGAGAUGUCACUGACAAGCUGGAUGUACCCGAAACUGACUUGGGCAACAGAGUUCAGGUAGUGGGCACCAAUGGCCAGGAUGGUCUCGGUGGUCAGAGCCAACAUGUGGAGUACACCGAGUACAACAACAACGGACCGAACAGUGCCAAUCCGCAGUCCCCGUACGGUCAGGUACAAGGGCCCCUGGUCUUCUUGCCCCUCCCUGACACAGAAGGCCGCCGCCAGCCAUAUGUGAAGCUCAAUGUGCCCAUGAGUACAACAUUUCCCAACGAGACAGGUCUCCCUCUAGAAGCUCAAACUCGAACCACCCUGUCCUGGAAGCCAUACAGUCAGAGCAAUGCCUACCUGGUCUCCUGCAAUCCAGUCACACAGUUAGACGAGAAGAUGUUCCAGGUGCGCUUGCCAGGUACAUCCACCACUGCCACACUGAUAGGUCUGACCCCAGGGGCUGACUACAACGUCAUUGUCGAGGCUUUGAAGGGAGCGCUCAAACACAAGGUCCUGGAGCAGCUUGUCACUGCAGGAAACACAAUCCCAGAUGGAGUUCCUUCAACAAUCCCAGAUGGACUUCCUUCCGCAGACGACACCUGCUACGAUACGUUCACUGCAACCUACCAUGAUGUUGGUGCUGAGUGGGAGCGUAUGUCUGAGACAGGCUUCAAGCUGUGGUGCAGAUGUCUUGGACUGGGCAGGGGCCACUUCAGAUGCGACUCAUCCAAAUGGUGCCAUGACAACGGGCAGAACUAUCCCAUUGGAGAGAAGUGGGAUCGCCAGGCAGAGAAUGGUCACUUGAUGAGCUGUACUUGCUUGGGCAACGGCAAAGGAGAGUUCAAGUGUGAACCACAUGAAUCAGUGUGCUACGAUGAUGGGAAAACAUACCAGGUGGGCAACCAGUGGCAGAAAGAGUACCUGGGUGCCAUCUGCACUUGUACAUGCCACGGAGGACAGCAGGGCUGGCGUUGUGAGAACUGCCGCAGACCUGCUGCUGCUGACGCCAGUGUGCUGCAGCCUGUUCGCUAUGGAGACAAUACACUGCGCAAGAACAUUCACUGCCCCAUCGAGUGUCUCCGACCCGACUUGCUGGCUAACACACACGUGGUCCAAGAUCCUCGAGAGUGAGGAAUCAACCAUCUGGCACUCGCUUUGCUUUAUCACUGUCUAAUUACUGCACUGCCUGACCCGAGAGACAUCGUGUUGUCUGUGACGACGCACACCUGCCUUAUCACUUCCUGACACAUCCAAAGAUGUUAAACUGCACUUCUGCCUGAACAAAAUGAUCCUUUCACUCAUUACAGUCUCUGGUUUUGGGGAAGAAAGGAGGCCAUUACAGUAUUUUUAUAACUCUUGAGAAGAGUUCAAACCCUGUCCACACACACAGUUUGUGUUAAAUUGUAUGUCUUGUUUGUAGUUAUUCUGUUACUGCUGGUGAAAGGGAAGGGGGUCACAUUGUCUCAAUACUAAUUUAUCCCUUAAUUUCUGUGUGAAUGCGAGUUUAAUUGUAUCUGUUCUAUUUUUGUACUUUGUCUGUGCCAAUGUUGUUUCUACCUGACAAAAAGUCCAUUAUUGUAAUAAAGUUAGAAAGAUCCCGA